AUGAAUGAAAAAACUCGCAAACAACUCUCAUAUCUCACAGACCCACAGUACAAAUCACAUAUAAUCGAGGAAGUUAUAACAUCAAAUGUUUUAAUGUAUGAAUAUUCACUCAUUGAUUCUCCUAUACCAUCUCAGCAAGACUUUUCUACCCAGAUAUCAUGUCGGUUGAAGACUACAGAUGUCAGAGAAAUAUACGUUCGAUAUAGCUGUGACGUCAUCCGUGCUAUUAACGAUGAAAUUGGAGAGAGUUACGACAAAGAAGAUGACUCGCUGAACGAGCACGAUAAAAGUAAAUUCUCACAGCUGAUUGAGACGGUGGUGGCAUGGGGAAUACUUCCUGGUCUUGAAAAGGUUAAAACACUUCCUUUUGAAGAGCGAUAUGACCCAGAGACCUCUUUCACUCUCAAAACAACGAGAAAAACAACAAAAGAACUUCUAGAAUACAUCAUAGAAACCUUUCUGAAGGUGAUCAUCAAUGAGAAUGUUCCAGUGUUAAUGAAGCCGAGUAUUAUUGAUGUUGUGUCAGGCAUUGUCGAGUUGGGGUAUAACAAAGAACUAUGGAAUAAGGCGAAAGAGCACUUGGAUAUCGAAGCCGUUACUUUGUCGUUGGUGCAACUCAUGCCACUUAACAGUGGAGACGUUGAGACUGCCCUGAAAAUGUUAAUGUUUGAUAUGAUCGUCAAUUGCCAUGGACUCCUUAUCAUUUUAAUCCACUUUGCGAGCGGCAACAUGGAACAAUACAUCCAACAAACAGCGUCCUUUGUGUUGACACAACUUGUUCCUGAAAAUGUGCAACCACAACUCUUUAUGUUCAUCCUCAACAACUUCGAAAAGUACUUGCGACCAAAGUUGUUACAACAAAAUCAAUUAAAGCUGUUGUACUUCAUCGUACUGUCUGCUGUCGACCCAGCAAAGUAUUUACAGAAAAUUGUAGUGAGGCCUUACAUCAGCUUACUGCGGAUGAACCAUGACAACUUCGUUGGAGAGGCUGUCAAAGACAUUAUUUGGAAUUUGCAGAAUCAAAUUGCGUACAUAGAAGUGGCCAAUUUGAUAGACGAAAAGUUCAUCGAAAAACUGGAAAAGACAAGCUUUAUUGCUUCGUUGUUCCGUUUUGGUGUGAAACUAAAAAUAGACGCUCCAUUGAGUGAGGCGAACAAAUACAUCAUCGAACUUUUGAUAUUGUACAUGUCGUUGUUGGAUAACUACCAGAAGUUUGAAGCGACUAUAAAAGCGUCCGAAGAGGCAAAGGACCAUAGUGGGGAGGUCAUAGAGAUGUUCAAACAGGUCGUCCCCAAGUUACCCAAAGAGGCACAAAUUCAAUUUUUAGAGGAAAUGACAUCAGAAUUCACAGAAAUUGAAGAUGAGGGAAUUGUGCUCUUGACUAUCAGUUUGCUAAACGAUGUCGUCUACUUCAAAACGGAGUCUUUCCCUUACAAAAACAUUUUGAGGAAUUUACUGAAAACACAACACUUUAGUUUGGUUUCGAAUUACCUCAAGUAUUUCAUGCAAGAAGUUUCAAAAACGGCGUCACUACCGAAUCACCAAAUGACUCUUUCACAGCUGUUACCAGACAUAUUAGAAGUCGACGCGGCGUUGUACCCACAAAUCAUCGAAUUUCUUUCGUUGGUGCCAAGUAGCACGACGAAAAGCACCGCUGACGAACUGUUUAGUCAAAUUACAAAAGCAAAGGACGACAAUUUGCCGUUGUUACUGACACAACUUCGAUAUGAAUUGCUUGAUGAGAGAAAGUCUGUUGUUAACACAGAACAAAUUUUGAAGAUCACAAAAGACCUUAUCGCAAUGGCGAUGAAUUGUAUUCGAGAGGAUUUACAGGCGCUUCUUAUCACUAAUUUGGUACUCUUGUCUGUGCAUGUCGACAUCACUGACGACAUUUUAGAAGAGCUUCUUCUGAUGAAAACGACGCAAAGCACUGCAAUUGGGAUUGAAAUUUUGAUUGGAGUAAUUGUUCACAGGCGGGACACGAUAUUUGAAAAGGUACCUUCAAUUUGUCGAAAGCUUUUAAGUCUUAAAGUUGCUGGAGUAUUUCCUGCAAUUUCGAUUCUCUUUGUGUAUAUGAUGCAACACGUCAAAAAUGUCUUUUUCAUCGAAUCUUUUGUUGACGGGAUUGUCGGCUUAAUCUCAUACCCUGUGCUCGAAGAAGAAGACGAACGGGCAGUCUGUCAUAUGCUUCGAAGCGUUGUCGAAAUGGUUAACGAGAACAACGUGACAAAGGUUUUUAACUCAAAGCAAAUCAGAAAAGUUCGUGAAAUCAGUGAAAGAAUGAUCAUUCGAAUAAACGCAAGAGAUAAAGAGGCAAUGGAGUUUGUUGUUGAAGAAAUCAAAAAACUCGAACAAAUCAUAGAGAACAAAGAAAACAACAAAUUCAUAUUUUAA